GCAAGGCAGUGGGGCGGGCUGGGUGUUAAGGCAGGCGCCUGUCCACUGCUUCUUCCCCCAGGGCUCUGCCUGGCUCAUUGCUGCUCAAGGGCCAUGGGGAAGCUGGUGGCUCUGACCCUGCUGGGCGCCUUCCUAGCCUUAAUCGGGGAGAGAUUAGUGGCAUUAAGAGAAAAAACUAAUGCAUAUCGAGAAGUGGAGCCAGUAGAACCCCAGAACUGCCACCUUAUUGAGGGACUUGAAAAUGGCUCUGAAGAUAUUGAUAUACUUCCUAGUGGGCUGGCUUUUAUCUCUACUGGAUUAAACUAUCCAGGCAUGGCAAACUUUGCACCAGAUAAGCCGGGACAAAUCUUCUUGAUGGAUCUAAAUGAGCCAAACCCAAGGGUCCAAGCCCUAAACAUCAGUGAUGGUUUUGACAAAGCAUCAUUUAAUCCACAUGGGAUCAGUACUUUCAUUGACAAAGACCAUACUGUGUAUCUUUAUGUUGUGAAUCAUCCCCACAUGGAGUCCACUGUGGAGAUAUUUAAAUUUGAGGAACAACAACGUUCUCUGAUACACCUGAAAACUAUAAAACACGAGCUUCUCAAAAGUGUGAAUGACAUUGUGGUUCUUGGAGCAGAACAAUUCUAUGCCACCAGAGAUCACUACUUUACCAACUUCUUCUUGGCAAUAUUAGAGAUAGUCCUGGAUCUUCACUGGACUUAUGUUCUUUUCUACAGUCCAAGGGAGGUUAAGGUUGUGGCCAAAGGAUUUAAUUCUGCCAAUGGGAUCACAGUCUCAUCAGACAAGAAGUAUAUCUAUGUGGCUGAUGUAUUUGAUAAAAACAUUCAUGUAAUGAAAAAACAUGACAACUGGGAUUUAACUCCACUCAAGGUAAUACAGUUAGACACCUUAGUGGAUAACUUAACUAUUGAUCCUGAUACGGGAGAUAUUUGGGCAGGAUGCCAUCCUAAUGCCAUCAAGCUGGUGAUCUAUAACACUGAGGAUCCGCCAGGAUCAGAAUUCUUAAGAGAGUGAUGGAUGAGGCAGCUUCCCAUGAUGGGGCCAUCCAGAGACAUCACUGGUGAGGAUCUUGCAGGAAAGAACAAACACACACAGACAGGACUACUGAGGGAAGUUCUUCAAGGGGACUAUGGACACAAAAGUGGGAAUGACAAGGGAAACUAAUUAGACAAAGUACAACACUCCACUGUUAGCAAUGGAAGGAGAGAGAUGGAGGUGGGAGAAGGCCAGGGACUCUUUCCAACCCUAGGUUUGAAGGUGCAAGGGGUGGAAGCAGUUCCUAGAACCAGAAGAGAAUAGACAAUGUGGAGACUCUCCUAACAGAUGUUCUGGUCACUGGUAGAAAGAGGCAGCUAACCUGUGACAACUCAGCACAGACAGAGCAGAGGGAAUAAAUAUCUUGACUGAACUCCUCUUCCAGCCUCCCAACUAGAAUCCAGAAGACAGGGAGCUAUUAAUGGAGCCCAUAAAGCCUCCGGGACACAGAGCAAUGGGGAGCUGCACAGAGAGUGGCUCUUGAGCAGCAAAUAGCUUCAUCAUGUUGCUGCAUAGGUGAGUGGCUCUUGAGCAGCAAAUAGCUUCAUCAUGUUGCUGCAUAGUUAUCUCAUGGCAAAAGCUAGGUCACCACUAUGUGUUUCAUCAAAAUGGAAGGAGAAAGAGGUUAAAGGGUGUCAGCAAGAAAUACCCAAUGUCUUAAGGCCCAGGACCAGAAAUGAUAGCCAUGACUUCUACUCCCUUACCAAUGGUAAAAACUAAUCACAUGGCUGCACCUAACUAAUUGCAAAGUGAUAUAAUAUGACUAGAAAGAUACUUAUUCAAGGAGAAAAAAAGAAUAAAUUUUAGUGAACAAUUUGUGAUCUAUGCCACAGUCCACCUUUUGGCCAACAAAUAUCCAUCUGCACCCUUCUCUUACACAUUGACACCCUUAUCAAAAGUAUAACUCAAAAUCCCAUCCAAUUUCUGCAUCCAGUUCAAAACACAGUAUCCCUGGUUAGUGUUUCGAUUUCCUCAUUAGGUCCAGAUGUGGCUGCAAGAGACAGCCUAGAAAACAAAGUCAUUGUUCCCACAAUGUAUCCAAUUACAAUGGUUGCCUAUGAGCAGAAUAACUAUAGUAAAUCCUCUUGGUGAAAAAAUAAGGAAGAAUAGAAUACAGGCAACAAAUCACUGGCCCAUAACAAUAAGAUUAUUCCACUAGAGAGAAAAUGAGAAGGUUCCCUCUCUUGGCAGUGGUGUAUUUUCCCAUGUCUUCUAUGCAUCCAAAUUUUGCCCUUUGGGAAUUCUUUCUAGUACCUUAUGCUCUAAGGCCACGUCUAAAGUGGGUCUUGGAAAGACUGGGUAAUCUUAGUAGCCUCCUUCUGACAGGUGUAGGUUUGAGAACCUGAGGACAUUUCCAGGCUUGGUUGCUUUUGAAAUGUAAGUAUCUUAGAAAUUUGAUAGGCUCCUGCAUCUCUUUGUUUCCAGUAAUUACCAUAUACCAGCAAAAACACUCAGAUUUCUUUUUGGAGCAUAGUUUUUAGCUUCCUUUACUUCCUGGUUUCUGUGUCUACCCGUUUCUCUCUCUCUCAUUUAAAUGCUGCUUCCUUUGACGUCAUUUGAAGGAAUGGGUGAAAGGAGGCAACACCAUUAAAAUAAUACCCCACAGGGCUGGAUCAUUUGACUUUCCUAAUUAGGAGGUAUUUGGGAAAGGCUCUGACCUGUAGCAGUUUUACCCCUUUGCUGUUGGCAAACAGAACCAAACUUAUAGACCUCCUCUACAGCCUUCUGCCUUAUGUCCAGUAAAAUUCUUACCUGAGCAUAUUAUUUUAUUACUGUCCUCUACUAAAAAAUUAAGAAUCAAUCAAUACACGUUGACAUUCUAUUUGCUCUUUGGGUAAGUGGCCAGCCUUUGAGUUAAUGCAGAAAAUGAUAUAGUAAAUAUUUUUAAACAUUACAAGGGUCUCCAGCUUUGCAUCCUAUGACGUUUCCUUAACUCUAAUCUAACCACAUAUUUAAGGUUAUUUUUAGAACCCCACUUCUAGGUUCAAAUUCCUAUAUUUUUAAGGUCCUGCCAAGCUAUUAUAGCAAACAAACCUCAAACCCAGUGGCUUAAAGAAUAAAAACAUUACUAGAAGAUAGUACAUCACAGUGGGUAAAAGCACAGACAGGGGAGCCCAGUUUUCUGGAUUUGAGUUCCAGUUACUAUCCGUGCAACUCUGGCCUUUUCUGUUUUCUUCUCUUUAAAAAUGAGAUAAUAAGGGUAACUAGCACUUAGGGUUGGUAAGAGGAUUAAAAAAGUUAGUAUAUGUAAAAUUUAGAUAAGACUUGUUAUAUGCCAGUGUUGUAUAUAUGCUUCUUAAUUUUAAAAAAUAUUUAUAAUCUCUUUCACAUCAGAGAUCACAGAUGAUUGUUCCUGAGACAGAUGAGUAUGGAAAUUCUGAUCCUUAUGGUUCAUCAGGAGUCUAGCAGUUUUCACACAGAGGCAUUAACAUCUUCAUGAUCAAUCAUAUUGGAUUCCAUUAUAUUGAAUUCCAUUUCACGGAAAAGGGAAAGAGAGUGGGAGGAGACACGCCAAAUUUCUUUAGCAUGACCUGGAAAUGGCAUAAACCACUUCCACUGCCAUUCUGUCAACAACCGCAUAGUCAUAUGGCAGUACCUAACUGGAAGGGAAACUGUGAAACCUAGUUUAGCUGGGUAGCCUUGUGCCCAGAGAAGAAGGAUUUGGGUAGGUGGUUAGUGUCCUCUAUCAUAGCUCCUUAAACUGAAUCAAAAAGAGUUUGUAAAUCAUUAUAAUUCUAUCACCAUUAAAUAAACUGUUUGUAGUAAAAUUUUAUUCAUAUUAAAAGAAACUAAAAACUAGACAAUCAAGUGUUAAUAAAAUUAUGAUGGAUAAA